AUGGCUAUGGCUAUGGCUAUGGCUGCUUCUUCUUCAUCUUCAUCCAUACAAGUUAGAAGCAAAAAAGUAGCUAUGCUUUCAACCAAUGUUUAUUUACCAGAUGAAUGUUGGGAAUGUAUCUUCAAAUUCCUUAUCAACCACGACGCCGACGACACCCGCGGUCGCUACUUUCAUCUCAAGUCUCUUUCCAUCGUCUCCAACCAGUUACUCUCCGUCACAAAUCGUCUUCGAUCAUCUCUCACUAUCUAUUAUCCUACAUGCCAAUUCUUCGAUAGAUUCUCCAACAUCUCCUCCCUCAACCUAUCCUCCUACUAUGUCGGUGAUCUCGACGAUCUUCUCGUCCAAAUCUCUUUCUCUUUGCUAUCCAAGUGUCCAUGUAUACAACAUUUGAAUCUUCAAAGGGCAUAUUUUCUGAAUAAUCAGCAUGUUGCCGAGUUGUCUUUAUUUCUUGGUGAUUUGAUGUCUAUAGACCUUAGUGAGUGUAAAAGUCUCACAGAAUCAGCCUUGUUUGCACUCGUUAGUAACUGUCCUUCACUUAUAGAGAUCAAAAUGGAAUGGACAUCAAUUGGAAAAGAGAUUGUAAGGAAUUCUAAUUCUUCGAUGGAUUGUAUUGUAAACUCUCAAUUAAAGUCUCUCUAUUUGGCUCAUUGUCAAGAAUUAACAGAUGAAACCAUCAUAAGGUUAUCGCCCAUUUUGUCCAAUUUGCAGCUGCUUGAUUUGAAUUCUUGCCGACUUAUAUCUGAUGAAAGUAUUUGUCAAGUUUUAAGGAGAUUUUGUAACAUUAGACAUUUGAAUUUAGCCAAUUGUUCAAGAGUGAACCUACUUGUUGGAAUGAACUUUGAACUUCUUAAAUUAGAGGUGUUGAAUUUGUCAUAUACAGCCGUUCACGAUGAAGCACUCUAUGCAAUCUCAAAGGGUUGUCGUGGGCUUUUGCACUUGAACCUUAAAAAUUGUCAUUAUGUCACAUGUAAAGGAGUGAAAUACGUGGUUGAAAACUGUACACAAUUAAGAGAGAUCAAUUUGCAGAAUUGUGAUAAAGUGCAUGGUAAUGUUUCCUCAAUGUUAUUGUCAAGCUCGUCUUUAAGAAAGAUAAUUGCUCCACCUCAUAUUCAUUUCACUAGAAAAACUAUGAAACUCUUCUCGCACCAUGGAUGCCGUGUUUGCUAG